GAGGGGAUGACCAGCAGAGGCCGAUGGAAGUGCCCUCUGGGUCAGCUGAAAACCAGUCAGCGGCCCACGACGGCCCCUGGGCUCUCGACCUACCAAGUCUUGCAGAAAUCACUGGAAAGGACGAUGAGCCAGAAACAUCGGUAUCCCUGAAAUCCUGCUUCAGCGAGGGUCUGAAGGUGCUGCAUGAGACAGAGGAGCUCUGCAAUGCCACCCUGGUGGCCGGAGGGAAGAGGUUUCCAUGCAACAGGGCACUGCUGGCCUCCAUCAGCCCUUACUUUGAGGCUGUGUUCACGGGUGGCUUCAAGGAGUCCAGGGAUGGGGAAGUUUUCCUGAAGGAGAUGGAUCCCUCUAUCCUCCAGAAGCUGCUAGCUUACCUCUACUCGGGGGAGCUGGACCUCACUUUGGAGACUGCAGAAGACCUCUUCGCGGCAGCCAGCCGACUCCAGCUGAAGCCAGCGCUGGCACUGAUCAGCAGGUUUCUGAUGGAAAGGAUCUCCAUGGAGAACUGCCUCCACCUCUACAUGCUGGCUCGCGACCACAAUGACCCCCCUUUGAUGCGUGCCACCCUGCGCUACCUGGGCCUCCAUUUUGGACUCCUCUCCGAGCACAAGGACUUCUCCCGCCUCGAUCUCAGCGCUCUGACCUGCAUCAUCUCUUCCGACCACCUGGCCGUGACCUCCGAAAUGGACGUCUACCAGGCCGUGCGGCGCUGGGCAAAUGCCGUCCCCGCCGAACGCCUUUCAGCCCUCAGGACACUGCUGCAGCACGUGCGCUUCCCGCUCCUGACUCACAAGGAGGCCGCCCAGCUGCAGGCCGACGCAGAGACCCUCGACCAGCCGGUGGAGCUGCGGUGGGAGGACCUCGACGGGCCCCGGCGGCUGCAGCUGAGCAGAGGCCUCCGAGAGGGCAUGUGCCACGAGAAGAUCGUCUGCAUCAAGGUGCCUCGCUUGAGGGACAUCCUCUCGGCCAGCGAAGACAUGGACUGCUACAUGGAGUGCUUGAAUCCCGCGACGGGGUCGCGGACGAAGCUGCCCCCUCUCGAGCUGGUGGCCCUCCCCGGCUGCUCAGCCCUGGAACACAGGCUCUACAUCUCGGGAGGAAAGCACCCCGACGGCUCCUACUCCCGGGCCCUGCACGAGUACAACUCCCUGGCCGACCGCUGGACCCAGCUCCCCGCCAUGGCCACCCCCCGCUCCGUCCACAUGUUCCUGACUUGCAAGCAGAAGCUGUUUGCCCUGAGCGGCUGGAACGACACCGGCCCCCUCAUCUCCGCAGAGAGCUUCGACUUGGCCCAGCAGACGUGGGCCCCCAUAGCCAGCCUGCCCCUCGUGCUGCGCUUCUGCGCUUCCGCCCCGUAUAAGAACAAGCUCUACCUGAUCGGAGGGGAUGCCGACUCCGAGGAGGUGGUCUACCAGGGCAUCCUGAUCUACGACGUCCACCUGGACAGCUGGGCCCAGGUGCCGCUGCAGUUCAGCCUCCACGGUGCAGCUGCCGUCACCCUGGAGACCGGGAUCUGUGUCAUUGGGGGCUUCUCCUUCCGGAAAGUCACCCACUCGCACCCCAAAAGGAGCUUCAGCCACCUGCUGCCUCCCAACGAUUUCUCCUCCAACUGUUUCCUCAUGCUGGAGUCCGGCGAGGUGAGCGAGGCGGUGGCGAUUCCCUCCCUGCCCCUGCCUCUGGCUUUUGCCGGGGCCACGUGCUGGCGGAGGAAGAUCUAUGUGAUGGGCGGCGUCUGCACCUCCAGGAUGCACGACGCCAUUUACCACUGGGAGCCCGGGGAGGCCGCCUGGACCCAGUACCCGGAGCACCUCACCGGCCAGGGAGCCAUCGUGCGGCGAGUGCUGAAGUGCGUGACCCUGAAAAUGGUCCGGCCAAACAUGAGGGCCCUCGUGCAGGAUGCUUCUUCCAGCCGGGUGGCUGUGGGGCUAGUGGAUGCAGAGGCCCCCCUCGACGAGGGCCGGAAGGGCCCCCAGAUUCACCUCCCUUGACCUCCCUGGGAGUAGAAACACCAUGAAAAGCUGAAUAAAGGGAAGAGAUGUUUUAAGA